GGAAAGCAUCUUGACUAUUUACUGCACUGCACUUUGCUCUGCUUUACUUUCGUUAACUUAACUUCGAGUCAUUCUUUUUUGUCAUCAUGGUCUGGACCACGCCGUCUCGUGUUCUCGGGGUGAUGCUGGGCUGCAUUGCUCUGCUCCCCGCGCCGGCCACCGCCGCGCAUCACCACCACCUCCACCAACGUCAGCACCAUCACCAUGGCUACAGCGUCGGCCCGCCGAUGUGGCAGACCAGGCCGCAAGCAGGCGAGACCACCGCGACGGCAACAGUGGCAGCCAGCGUGAUCGCGUCCGCCAGCGCCGUCUCCUCCGCGCAGCCCGCGGCCUCGUCCUCUGCCUCGACGAUCAGCAGCCUGAAAGCGAAAGUGAUCAUCCCGUUCUACAUCUACCCGGACCCCGGCAAAUGGACGCCACUGUUGAACCUAAUCACCACCUUCCCCGACGUGCACUUCACGGUCAUCAUCAACCCAAGCAGCGGGCCCGGCACCAGCACCCUCCCGGACGCAGCUUUCCUGAGUGCCGUGCCAACCCUCACGCAGCACUCCAACGUGCUGGCCAUCGGCUACGUGCCCACCCAGAAGGGCACGCGCGCCCUCGCGGACGUCGAGCGCGACAUCAACACGUACGCCAACUGGCCGACGGCCGCCAACAACGCCUCGUUCGCCGUGCACGGCAUCUUCCUGGACGAGGCGCCCAACGCGUACAGCGCGGAGCUGGUGUCGUACUACUCGACGCUGGCGAGUCUGAUCCGGAGUAAGACUGGUCUGGGGCCGGAGAAUUAUGUAGUAACAAACCCCGGCAUCCCGCCCGACCAAGCCUACCUGCCCCUCGCAGACUCAACCGUCGUCUUCGAAUCACCCUACACCUCCUUCCAAGACGCCAUCAAAGCCGACACCUUCCGCGCCAUUAACGGCACGAGCCACAGCACGCUGGCGUCGAUGGUCUACGGCAUCCCGGACGGCGUGCACCUGCCCACGCUCCUGGCGCAGGUCGGCCAGAUCUCCGAGCAGAUCUUCCUGGGUAAUACCAGUUCCUACAUGGCUUGGGACCCGUAUAUGGAUUCUGUUGUUCCGGCUUUGGUGGAGAUGGUUUAGUUGUUACUUUCCUUGGUGGGGUGGGACGUUGGAAUCCCCUCGUUUCUAUUCUCUCUUUCGUUCUUUGGACAUCGUCCUUCACUUCUUGUAUAUAUAUAAUAUGCUUUCUUGCUGGCAAGGAGGGGCAGGUGGAUAGCGGGUCUAUGCGGAGAC